UGAAACCGUUACUCCAUAGCUCUCUCUCACUGUCUCUCUUAAGUCAGCAAAUUCACUUUACAUUCUGUCUUCCAAUUUAGAGCCCAAAAGCCAAGAAAAAGUUGAGUGAAAAAAGCCAUUCAACUUCAAACUUCUCUUUUUUCUCUCAUGGAAUGGAAUGUGCAUUUUCACUCCUUGAAACAUCCUUGUUUCCCCCGCCGGUGGCGCCCCUCGUGCUGUCUUUUGGGCAUUUUCUUGUAAAUUCAUCACAUCUGUUGUUUCUCUAGACUAGAAUGUUUGUCGGCUUUCGUAAUUUUUGUUUUUUGUUUUAAUUAAUGGGGCUUCCAUGUUGCCUCAUUACACUUCAAUCCUCGUCAUCAAUCCGCGUUUUUCUUGUUGAACUACUCUCAUUAUUAUUCUUUUAAGCUGAAUGAAUAUCCCUGUUUUUUAAAAAUUGGGAGUGAAAUCCCAAUUCGCUGUCACUAUCAGAUCUGCAUUUUGGCUUUCUUUGCAAGGGGGGUAAAUCAUAAAUGUCAACUUAGUACAACAGUGUUUCAAUUAUCCUCUGAUUUCUUGCUUGAUUUCUGUUUGGAGAUUUUAAGGUUCUUUUGCUUGAGCUUUGAUCACAUUUCUGGGGGGGUUUUCUUGGUUUUCGAAUCUGUAAGGUUAGUGUUUUGUUGACUUGUUGGUGUAAAGUUUGAAACUUUAGGGCUUUUUUGGGGGAAUUCUGAGAUAAUCUUGGAAUGGGUAUGUGGAGAAAUGUGAAUUGGGUUGAAUAGUGUUCAGGGCUUGAUGAUGGAAGUUCUGAGAUGUAAAGAUUGAAGGGCUCUUUUAGUGAAAAAAUUGUGGUUUUGGGGAUUUUGGUAGGGUUUGAGUGGGAGAAGAGAUGGGGUCAAGGGAAGAGAGGCAUAGGUAUAAUCAUGAUCUUGUCCCCUUAGCUGCUCUGAUUAGUAGGGAGAUGAGGAAUGAGAAAAUGGAAAAGCCAACUGUGAGGUAUGGAUGUGCUGCCCAGUCCAAAAAGGGGGAGGAUUAUUUCAUGAUGAAGACAGAUUGCCAGAGAGUUCCCGGGAACCCUUCGUCGUCUUUCUCUGUGUUUGCGAUAUUUGACGGGCACAAUGGGAAUGCAGCGGCUGUGUUUUCGAGGGACUAUCUAUUAGUUCAUGUUUUAAGUGCCAUUCCACGAGGGCUAGGCCGGGAUGAGUGGCUUCAAGCUUUGCCUCGGGCACUUGUUGCUGGUUUUGUGAAAACCGAUAAGGAGUUCCAGAGGAGAGGCCAAACUUCUGGAACCACAGCGACCUUUGUAAUAGUUGAUGGUUGGACUGUGACAGUUGCAUCUGUUGGAGAUUCCCGCUGCAUUUUAGACACUCAAGGAGGCGAUGUUGCGAUAUUGACCGUAGAUCAUAGGCUCGAGGAAAAUGCAGAGGAAAGGGAGCGCGUCACGGCUAGUGGGGGCGAAGUAGGGAGGCUAAGCAUUUUCGGUGGUGCCGAGGUGGGUCCCCUUCGUUGUUGGCCGGGAGGGUUAUGCCUUUCGAGAUCAAUCGGGGAUAUGGAUGUCGGAGAAUUCAUUGUUCCAGUUCCAUAUGUUAAACAAGUGAAGCUAUCAAAUGUUGGCGGGAGGUUAAUAAUAGCAUCUGAUGGAAUCUGGGAUGCAUUGUCUUCGGAGAUGGCUGCUAAAUCUUCUCGGGGAUUGCCUGCUGAGCUUGCAGCUCGUCAAGUGGUCAAGGAAGCGUUGAGGACACGUGGUUUGAAGGACGACACGACCUGCAUAGUAGUCGACAUAAUUCCCCCCGAAACCGUUGUGCAGCCUUCAAUUACCCCCAAGAAGUAUAAUAAGCUUCAAGCACUAUUAUUUCGAAAGAAAUCUGCUACUAAGCCUUCGAAAAAGCUGUCAGCUGUUGGUAUAGUGGAGGAAUUGUUCGAGGAGGGGUCUGCAAUGCUCGCCGAAAGAUUGGGGAGCGAAGAUUCAAAUGGUCCGUCGAUGUCUGGUCUCUUCAUUUGCGCGGUUUGCCAGGUCGACCUUGGUGCGAGCGAAGGCAUAUCGGUGCAUGCUGGGGCCAUCUUCUCCACGAGCUCGAAGCCAUGGCAAGGUCCUUUCCUCUGCACGGACUGCCGCAACAAGAAGGAUGCCAUGGAAGGGAAACGCCCAAGUGGAGUUAAAGUUGCUUAACUCCAUUGUCUCUGAUGGAUGGAUGAUCUGAAUGGCUGUAAUUGUUUCUCAUGCUCACCCAGUUCUUAGGAUUUAAUUGUGUCACAACAAAUGUAUGUAUCAUUCCAGAAAAUAAUGUAAAAAAAUGGGUUAUCUCAAUAAAGGAAAAGGGGAGCCUUUGUAGGUGGCUUUUUGUGAUGGAUUA